AAAGAAAGUGCUGCCACUUGUGUAUUUCUCACUUAUCACAAUAUGUAGAUUUCACAUAUCAGGUGGCAACAAAGCAGUUUGCGCAAAAAAUCAAUAUUGUGCGAAAAUUAGUGAAAAUGACAACAGUUCUUAGAGGUUUUCAUGGAAAUUGUGCUUUAUUAGUAAUUUUAUUGAUAAUUUUUCUCCAGAAUGCAUCCACACUUCAUAGAACUCUGCGGCAUUAUGAGAUACUUCGCAGCGAAGAUUGUAGACACAAAAUCGUUAAGCGCGGAAUUAAACAGAGUUCACACCCCUAUAACGUGAUCAAAGAGGUAGAAUUCAAGACGUUAGGCAAAAAUUUUCGAUUAAUAUUGCACCCGCAUCGGGAGGUCUUGCACAGUAAUUUCAAAGCGUAUACUGUAGAUGGCGAUGGAAACGAGACAGUGGUGCAUCUAGAUCAUGAUAGUUUUUACACCGGACGCGUAUUCGGUGAAAUGGAAUCGUCUGUUCGGGCGCAUAUUGACGAUGGUUUGAUGACCAUGUCCAUAAAUGUACCGGACGAAACAUAUCACGUAGAGCCAUCUUGGCGUCACUUGCCGUUGUCUGCGAGGAAAACUAUGGUAGCCUACAGAACAUCUGAUGUGAAGUUGAAUUGGAAUAAGAAUGAGAAUGGCCAGGGUGGGGCACCUAUGACAUGCGGUUAUGUCAAAGAAGGAUUAGAAUUACAAACCGAUGACGAAGAAGAUGAAAAUGACGAAAACACACGGACGAUACAUAAGGAGAACGGAGGGCGCAAUGCGCGUAAACGUAAAAAACGGCAGGCGGAUCAGUAUGAAUACACGCCCACAAAAACUCGCUGCCCCCUGUUGCUGGUGGCCGAUUACCGUUUCUUUCAAGAAAUGGGUGGUGGGAACACAAAAACAACAAUAAAUUACUUGAUAAGUCUGAUUGAUCGUGUGCAUAAAAUAUAUAACGACACUGUGUGGCAAGAUCGAACAGAUCAGGAAGGUUUUAAAGGCAUGGGUUUCGUGAUAAAGAAAAUCGUUGUGCACUCGGAACCAACACGGCUGCGUGGCGGAGAAGCUCAUUACAAUAUGAUUCGCGAAAAAUGGGAUGUACGCAAUUUAUUAGAGGUGUUUUCGCGGGAGUAUAGUCACAAAGAUUUUUGCUUAGCACAUCUCUUUACUGAUCUAAAAUUUGAAGGCGGUAUACUAGGUUUGGCUUAUGUGGGUUCUCCCCGUCGCAAUUCCGUUGGUGGAAUUUGUACACCAGAGUAUUUCAAAAAUGGUUAUACCCUGUAUUUAAACUCUGGAUUGAGUAGUUCGCGCAAUCACUAUGGACAGCGUGUCAUUACGCGUGAAGCAGAUUUGGUGACUGCGCAUGAGUUCGGUCAUAAUUGGGGAUCCGAGCACGAUCCGGAUAUACCAGAAUGCUCACCCAGUGCCUCACAAGGUGGAAGUUUUCUCAUGUAUACCUAUUCUGUGAGCGGAUAUGACGUCAAUAAUAAGAAAUUCUCCCCGUGUUCUCUGCGUUCGAUACGUAAAGUGUUGCAAGCGAAAUCAGGUCGUUGCUUCUCUGAGCCCGAAGAAUCAUUUUGUGGCAAUUUGCGGGUUGAGGGUGACGAGCAAUGUGACGCCGGUCUGCUGGGUACUGAAGACAAUGAUGCGUGUUGUGAUAAGAACUGCAAAUUGCGUCGCAAUCAGGGUGCCACGUGUAGCGAUAAAAAUUCGCCUUGCUGCCAAAACUGCCAAUUCAUCUCGGCCGGUAUGAACUGUCGAGACGCACAGUAUGCCACCUGCGAGCAGGAGGCACGUUGCUCGGGCACGCAUGCCGAGUGUCCAAAAUCGCCGCCAAUGCCAGACGGCACAAUAUGCCAAGAGCGUGGCCAAUGUCGAAACGGCAAGUGCAUACCGUACUGCGAGACGCAGGGUUUGCAGAGCUGUAUGUGCGACAUCAUUCAAGAUGCAUGCAAACGCUGCUGCCGCAUGAGCAUAAAUGAGACAUGCUUUCCCGUAGAGCCACCAGAUAUGUUGCCUGACGGCACUCCGUGUAUACAAGGAUUCUGCAAUAAGGGUGUAUGCGAGAAAACGAUACAAGAUGUAGUCGAACGAUUUUGGGACAUUAUCGAGGAGAUAAAUAUUAAUCGCGUUUUGCGCUUUUUAAAAGACAAUAUUGUCAUGGCCGUUGUUGUCAUCACAUCAAUAUUUUGGAUACCUGCCAGUUGUGUGAUUUCAUAUUUCGAUCGGAAAAAAAUGCGCCAUGAAAUUAAACGGUUGGAAUGGAGUCAGAAGCUCGAUCUAAUACAUCCCAGCGACCGACGACGCGUUAUACACAUCAGGUGCGUGUGUGCGCGUGCGCAUGCAUCGCGGUCUGCAUGCGAAAGCAAUUAACAUACAUAUAGUGCCGCGUCAAAAAAUAUCUGUGACGCGCAUGUAAACUGUUCCGGCGAAUGGAGUGCAGCGGAGUGCUUUGUUAAAUGUAAGGGACUUCAUUUGAAAUUCGGCGGGCAUACGGGUACAUGCAAAUUAUCAAAAUCAUUGUAAAUAGGAUUUAGAUGAGGCGCACACAACUUUUACAAAUAUGUACGUGUAAAUAGCUUAUAGCUUUGACUGAAAGUAUUUGGACUAUUUGGUUAUUUAAUAUUUUACCCAUUAUUUUUUCCCCCCUAAGAAUUCGAGAACAUAAUUUUCGCUUAUUUUGUUUAUUACGUAGCUCUCAACUGAAUUCGUUCACUUCGUUUUGUACUGCCUAAUUCAUUAUCAUUUUACACCUGUUAUCAGUGAAUCAGUAAAUUUCGAACUUUUUUGCAUUUGGUUGAUUAUACUAUAUUCUAUAUUCCCUAUCUUAUAAAAAUACUACUAUCUUCAUUAACAACCCAAUCACGGUAGCCAAAUUGCCUUAACUUUUACCACCUCACCGUGAUUUCCGAAGUGAAAUUAUCAAGGUACAAAUACUUGUUUGUCAAGGCUGUAUUUAGUAUAUUGUACAUAUGUAUGUACACAACAAAUUUUAUAAAUCGUGUUCAACAAUAUUAAGAAUAUCUUUCUUUAGGAUCAAAUUGUUUUAUUUAUUCUAAAGAAUAUAUGUAUAUAUAUUUCUUUCGUGGCAUAUUCUUGUAUUUAGCUUAGUUAGGAGUUGGUAACAAAACAAAAGGAAAACGUUCUGUCUCCAACACCUUUUCAAGUAAUUAAUAGUAAUUAUCGAAUAAAUACUACAUAGCCGGUUUACGUUUCGAAAGAAAAUCUCUUAUUAAAUAGAAUUUCUAUAUUACUAUAAAAGGAAAUAAAUGCAAGUUGUACAGUAAAA